AUGCUCAUAGAAGAUAUUUUGGAGGAUACAAUGUCGGCGGUUGAGAUUGUUAUAAAUAUGCUCGACAAUCAGUUGAAUGGUGAAGAUACCGUGGUCCCCAUGGAACAAGAAGAAGGAAACCCAGAAGCAGAAAGUGCCGUGACUUCUUCGAACUCGAUGACUCAAAGUUUGGAAAAUCCCGUUCAGAAUGAGGAGCUGUUGCUUAGUGAAGUAGUUGUGGAGGAGUGUGCAGAUUAUGACGCAGAAGUGACAAGUGUUGAGAUGAUCAGUGGUUUAUUGGCCUUGGAAGAGUUUUUGAACAGCCAGAUCAGAAAAGUUGGCAAAGUUGGUUUUGGUUUCUUUUCAUCAAUGGCUCCAAAUAUUCACAUGUUUUCUUACCAGGUUCGCAGACGAAUAGAGAAGGCGAAACGUCUCAUUAAUGUUAAAGGUCACGGUUUACGACCUCUUAUAAUGCGAAACGUUGAAGCAGUCGAUGCGUUAGCUGAAUAUCGUGCAGAGUAUGAACAAAGGGUUUCUUCACUACUCGAACACUGGAAAUCUGCUGGAUACGACAAAACUGAUCGAUAUGCAGGUCAUACUUCAUCUAUUGAUGAGGCUGGUCCAGUUCUUCAAAACCAAGACGAUGACGAUGACAUAGUGGUGUUGGACGAAAUCAGCGAAUCUGCUGCAGAAUCAGCUCGCUCCAAUUUUGGAAGUGACGUAGAUGUGAUGGAGGUUCUCGAAGAGGUAGAUUGCAAGGCGUCGGUGUCGGAUGGAAAUAGACUAACUUUGGUUGGAAUGUUGGACGCUGAGAAUCGUGCCUUUGCAACAGAGGUUUGGAGAUUUCAUUUUACCAGAAACUUCUGCGUGCCAUUCUAUCUUUGA